UAUAGAAAGAAAUUAUUUACACUUGUAUAGCCUAUAUAUUCUCCUCAAAAUCUCAACAACAAACGUAAAAGAUUAACAUCCAUAGUCAAAACUUGAUCCAAAUACAUUAUUUUGGUUUCGAGUGAAAGUAUUUAUUAAUUAUACAUGGAAUCCUUAAAUUUCCACAACAUCAAAUUGGAGAAAGCAAAUGGUAAAAAGCGUCAAAGAGUGACAAUGUUGUUUCGACUCAUCGAAUUCUGCAUAUUUUUGGCCAUACUAUCAAGAUUUUCCAUUCCAUUGCCACUCUCGACAGAUUAUGUUGGUGUCGCCCUCAUUAGUCCUCGAUUCGUCUUUGUUCUUGUAAACGCAAUUGUAAUCAUCCUCUUCUUCAAAUCAGGACAUUCAUCUGCUAUAGAUGUGUCCACGGACAGCAUUAAAUUCGAUUUAUAUGAUGAGUACACACAAAAAUAUUCGAUGAACAAUGAACAGAGCAUUUCUGUUGAAAAGGCUAAUUGUGAUCAACAGAGCAUUGUAGCAGAAAGGCGAUUAGAGAAGAGAAUCCAUCGUAGUCAUUCGGGAAACUCUUUAUGUUUGGGUGGUGAUGAGAAAAAAAGAAUGACGAGAUCAGCUACAGUUGGAUGCUUGAAAAAUAUAGACACUGACAGUGUAAAACCAGCGAUGACAACAACCUCGGAUGGGCUGAGCAGUGUUGAAUUCAGGAAAACUGUUGAGGCGUUUAUUGCAAGACAUCAAAGAUUAGUCAAGGAAGAAGGGUUUUCAGUUUUCAACAUAAGAGAUAGAUAAAUUACAAGUCAUAUCAACGAAGAAAUAACAGAGCACAUUAUGUGAUCAGAUUUUGUUUUUUUUUGAGAUAACAAAUGUAAGUGUAUGGACAAAGAUCCAGCAUUCACAAUAUAUUAACAAGUACCAAUUCUAUGGUUGAGUAUAAAUGGUCACUUUGGACGAUCAUAGGUUCCAUGUCUCUCG